AUGCCGGAUAUCAAGCUGCGCAACCAGCCGUUCGACCUCGUGUUCCACCCGCGCGAGAGCGUCGUCUACGCCUCGCUCCUCACAGGAGAGGUCAAGGCAUGGCGCUACGACGAUGUCACGGGCGAGACUAGCAAAGGUUGGAGCGUCCGCCCAACGAAGCGUACCGCCCGCGCCCUCGCCGUCGAGGCCGAUGGCACCGGCCUCUGGAUGGGCGGUAAGAGCGGCGUGUUGUGCCGCAUGGAUGCGUCCACGGGCACUGUGCUGCGGGAGCAAGACGUUGCGCAUGCCGCGCCUAUCAACCGUGUCUCCUGCAUCAACGAGCAGCUGGUUGUCAGUGGCGACGACGAGGGUGUCAUCAAGUUCUGGGACCCGCGCACUGCCGGCGACCCCGUGAGGACCUAUACCCAGCACUGGGACUACAUCUCCGACUUUACCUACUACGAGGACAAGCGCCAGCUUAUCACCACGUCCGGAGACGGCCACCUGAGCGUCAUUGACGUGCGCUCGUCCAAGGCCGAGCCCAUGUCCGUCAGUGCCGACCAGGAAGACGAGCUCCUGUCCAUUGCGCAGAUCAAGGGCGGCGACAAGUGUGUCGUCGGCACCGGUCUCGGCGUGCUGUCCAUCUGGAACCGCAAGCUCGGAUGGGAGGACUCGGUCGACCGCUUCAUCGGCCACCCGGCGUCGGUCGACGCCGUCGUCGCACUCACCGAGGACGCCGUCGCCACCGGUUCAGAGGACGGCAUGGUGCGCGUCAUCAACAUCACCCCCAACCAGUUCCUCGGCGUGAUUGCCACGCACGAAGAGUACCCCAUCGAGCGUCUCGCCCUGGACCGUUCGGGCAAGUGGCUCGGCUCCGUCUCGCACGACCUGUGCAUCAAGCUCACGGACGUCGAGGACAUGUUCGAGAGCGACAACGAGGACGGCGACGAGGACGAAGAGAUGGAUGCCGACAGCGACGCCGAGGGUGUCGACGCGGAGGACGCCGAGGGCGAGGGCGAGGGCGAGGGCGAAGAUGCCGAGAUGGAGGACGCAGGAGCUCCCGCACCCGCCGUGGACUGGGGAUCAGACUCGGACGAUGGCGCGGCCAAGUCCAGGAAGAAAAAGGACAAGGGCCCUAAGAUCAAGUCUGCAAAGGCCGCCAUGGCGGCGGCCCAGGCUGAGGAGGAGGCGGGUUUCUUCGACGACCUCUGA